AUGAUUGAUUCGGACUCUGAGCCUUCAAGCUGGGAUUUUCCUCAGGUGCAUGACCUACUCCGGUCGCCCACCGAGGGGGGCACCUCGAAUCCCAUUCGCCACCACCAAGCUUCCGACCCCUCGGUUCAAGAAAUACAUGUCAGGGCUGAUGGUGACGAUAAACAUAGUGGCAAAGCUAGACCUUUGACCUCUCGGCGUAGUCACACCAAGCUCGGAGACUUCGGUUCUUUAUGGGAACUUUUGAAUCAACGUCCUGCUUCCGUCAGCCUCACAUCCGUUUCGGCUACCAGAGAGUCCAAGCCGCAGGAAGCUAAACCACAGCCCGAUUUAUUGUCGGUUUUGAGUAUCCUCCAACGUCCCACUGACCGCAUCUUAUCCGAUACUUCUGUCGCCGCAGGACACACCCUCGCUCCUUCCGAUAGCAGUCGCAUCAAAGAUCUACAAUCUUCCCAGGCCACCGUCACAGGCCAUGCGCUUCUUUCCGUUACUUCUACUCAACCACUUUCCAUAUUGAAGAAAGUAACAGACGACCCACGUUCUGGAAACCCUGUCAAUGUGAAAUUUGAUAACCCACGAACUCCAACAAGACACAUCACCGGAAUUGGCAGUUCAAAUGACACGCCCAAAGUGAAGCUGAAACAUCGGGUUCGGGAGAAAGCUCACCGGACCGAUAAUCUCAGGCAAACAAUCUCUUCUUCUGAGGACAGCGCCGGAGUUGAAUCAGACUCCAGCCUUGUCUUCGACCAUUCGACACCCCAAAGACCUAGGGCCUUUGCCUUUGUUCCUUCCCAAGUCGGCUGGUCCGAAGCUACAAAUGACCGUUAUGAUACUCCUCCUUCUUCAUAUGACGACCAACAGUGGGCUUUAGAUGCAGACACUAUCAGAAAUGAUGUUCGUGUUCGGUCCACCCUGUACAAGUCGUCGACAGAACGAAGAAUCACUUUGAUGAUCAGACUUCGAAAUGAUUUUCCUGAUUGUGCCAAGAUCCUCCCCCAUAUGGGACAAUCUCUACUACAGAAUCCCAAUGAGAGAAUUGAGUCACGUCCUAUCCAUAUAUUUGUUGACAUGUCCAACAUCAUGGUAGGAUUUCACGACUCAGUUAAAUCCUCACGAAACAUUCCUCAAUCAACUCGAAUCCGUCGCGUCCCCAUGUCCUUCUCCAACCUUGCCCUGAUCAUGGAACGAGGCCGCCAAGCCGCCAAGAGAGUCUUGGCGGGUUCGGAUCACCUCCCCUCCAUUGACGAAGCUGAAAAGCUCGGCUACGAAACCAACAUACUAGAGCGUGUACAAAAAACCAAGUACGCAAGCACACCUCGUCGCAAUAACAAACGUCGGAAGUCCCUAGUCUGCGGCUCCCAGGGCUCGCCCGGUGGACCUGAAACGGCCACCGCUUCUGGAGAGCGAUGGGUUGAGCAGGGUGUGGACGAAAUUCUGCACCUGAAGAUCAUGGAAACUCUGCUUGAUUUCAAGCGACCAGCCACAAUUGUAUUGGCUACGGGCGAUGCAGCAGUUGCCGAGUUCUCUGAAGGAUUUAUGAGGAUGGUUGAGCGCGCGCUGCAGCACGGCUGGAUUGUUGAGCUUGUGAGUUUCGCGCAGGGCACGAGCUAUGCCUAUCGGAAGAAGGAAUUUCGGAAGCAGUGGGGAGAUCAGUUUCGACUUGUACAGCUGGAUCCAUACAUCGAAGAGCUUUUUGAAUGA